UAUUUUCGAGGAGGAAACAGUAAUAAGAUUUAAUACUAGCUAUAACCGACCGAUUAAAGUAUCAGAUUGCGUGUCUAUUUUCAAUAGGUUUUCGAAAGUCUGUAAUUCAGUAUUUACUUUUUAAUGAAUACACCCGGAUAAGAGCUUUGUUUACGUCAUCGGAUUGUGAAAAAUACUCUGUUUGUGGUUUUCAUCACUGCUAAAGUGUAUAAACAUAUCAAUUAUUUAAGGAGUUUACUUGCCGGGGGUAUAAAACCGCUCUCGGUCAUAGCCCAGCAAUCAUUAGUUUCACGAACACUAAGCACUAUUCACACAACUUCGGAAAAUACUUUGUAACGCUUGAAAUUAGGCAGAAUAUAAAUCUCAUUUUAGAAGCGACAUUUUUUUCAGCAGGCUAGAAGACAAGAUGUACAGCAACCUUAUAUUCCUUCUGUUAGCAACAAAGACAAUGGCAGUAUCGCUUGUUUACAUUGAAGAAUCGAAUGAAGUUAAAUAUGAAGCCGAGGACUAUAACGACAAAGAAUUUAUAGAAACAUUUUGGCAAGGAAGUCUUUCUGACCUGCAAAAUCCACUGAUUAACCACCAGAGAUAUUCAUACGUUAUUAACAAUGAAAAUAUUUGUAAAAAAGAUGUUUUUGUUCUAGCAUUAGUAAAAAGCAAACCUGAAAGGUAUCUGGAACGAAAAGCUAUUAGAAACACGUGGUCGUCUGUGAAAAGUCACAAUGGUGCAAAUAUUGUUACAAUAUUUAUUAUGGGCAAACCUCAGAUUACAAGUAUGAACUCUAACUUGGAGAAAGAGCUCAAGAGGGAGAAUACCGAAUUCGGGGACAUCAUACAGGGAAGUUUCACUGAACACAUAAAAAAUCAAACGUAUAAAAGUAUCAUGGGCUUGUCAUGGGCAAAGACAUUUUGUGAUAACGCACACUUCAUACUUAGCACCAACGACGAUACGAUGGUAGAUCCAUUCCACCUGAUUGACUUUCUUCAGAAACAACAGCGAAUCAAAACUGACAACUUUUUAUAUUGCUCAACAUUCUUUGACAAUGGUCCAGUAAGAACACCAGGAGACAAAUCAUUCGUCACAAUGAACGAAUAUCCCUUUGAAAAAUAUCCACCACAUUGCGAAGACUUUUCUUUCAUUAUAUCCAAUGACGUCUUGUCAAAGCUUCUUGGUGCAACAAAAUCUGUAUUACAUUUCUGGGUUGAUAAUGUCUAUGUCACUGGAAUGCUUGCAGCUAAAGCGGAAGUAAAUCACACGGACAUGACAGAAGAUCACGGAUACAAUCUAAUGCAGUCCGAACAUUUGAGAAAAGACAUAGACAAUUCAAUGUUCCUGUUGGCAAAAUAUAGAAGUUUGAGAAAGAACUGGGACAUUGCAUGGAAAAUUAUUCAAGAUCUUCAUAACAAGUAGUAUGUAGAAAUUUAUGAAAUGAAGGAUGGACAUUGGGUUCAUGGUUACAGGGAUAUGUUACACCAAAUUGUGUGUAUGUACGUGUUUUUUUAUUAUUACAGAAACGUUUGCUUAAAAAAGCUGUUUGAUAAAUAAAAAUGUUUGAAAAUAUAUGAUAAACAGUAGGUA